UACAAAAAGAAACCAAAGUACUUAGAAAGAAAGCUACUCAUUGACAAAAACCUUAAUGGCAGUGACAUGCGGCAUUUUAGCAGAAGUGAUUUGAACUCUGAAAAGCACCAGGAUGGAGUGAAAUGCUCUGAUGGAACUAAGCCAUUUCACAAUAUGCUGGAAUUUUCAAGAGUUCUCCCAACAAAAGCUCCAACUGCCAUGUUUCUUAGUCCUGCCGCCGGGUCCCUUAGCGAUCGUGAUACGGACUGUAGGAGACAAGCACUAGUUAUCCCUUAUUCGUCCACUCCAAGGCAUUUACCAGAUAAAAGAAGCCCACAUUUCAGUGCCAAAAUGUCUGUAUUGCCUAGAAAUUUCAGUUCCUCACAACCUCUGGAGGACACUGGCUUUGAAUCACAGGAACUGAAAAGAUCAAGAAGUGUUUCAGCUACUGGGGCCUGUCCAUCGUAUGAAAUGCCUGUUCCUUGGUAUCAAAACAACCUGACCGACUAUGAAGAAAGUUCCAAACUGGGCAUGCAGAAACUAACACCCGCAAGAAGCUGUUCUGUAGCAGGGCAAAUGAGAGGGAUGUCCGCCUUCCAGGCUGAUUACUGGGCAUGCGCAAUACCUGAUUUUCUACCACCAUCGCCGGACCGUCAGUCCCCCCUUUGGAAUCCUAAUAAAGAAUAUGAGGACUUGCUUGAUUAUACUUAUCCUUUACGGCCAAAAUAUAAGCUUCCAAAAAAUCUCAAAUAUUCCACUGUUCACGAUUCUGGAAUUGAUCUUGAUAGCCUCUCCAUUUCCCCCGAGAGUACCUUGAAGUCUGUGAGUAUGUGGGACCAAGAACACAAAACCAGGGAGAGCCCUACCAUACAGAGACUUUCAAAUCCUUUCUUGAAAAAGCUUGAAUGCUCAGUUCCAGUUUCUCAUUACAGAAUAUCGCCCAUUGGGAAAAUGUCCCUGGCGGAGGGUGGAAUUGACAUUUCUGGAAGGAUGACACCUAGUUUAUCUCCUAGGUGCUCUGAGCCAUCUCAUUCCGCUUUUGUAACUGAGGAAUGCCACAAAAAGAGACAUGGGGGGGUUUCGAGGAGAAGAGCUACUAGUGGAAACUUCUUGCGCACCACAAGUGUACUGGCCUUUCAGCAAGAAUGGGCCACUGAUGAUGAAUAUCUCUCCUUGCCACCAAAACUCAUGGAGUUAGAGACAUUGGCGCAGCGACUAGCUAAAGUUACAUUGACUAUAAAGAAACCUGAAUUUGGCCAGGUACAGGAUGACUUCCCCUGCAUCAGUGUGAAUGGAGAGCAGCUUCUGUCAGAGGUUCAAGGGGAUAGCAGCGAUGGUAAUGAGAGUCAGUGGGAAUUGUAUUCUGACUCUUUCCAUACAUGUAAUUUCCAAGAACCUGAUGAGAUGGACAUUCUAAGGGAUCGGACCAGCAAGGAGCAGGAAAGCGAGUCAAGAGAAACUGCUAGCACUGAUUUUCUUGAAAUAAGAUGCCCAGAGUUCCUUUCUAUGAAGGAAAAGAAGGACCAUCACUCUCUUGCGCAGUGUAUUAAGGUGUUUUGCUGUCAGUUGGAAGAGCUCAUUGGUUGGCUGCAGAAAGUGGCAGAAGUUACAGAGCAAUGGAUUCCUCCCAAGCCAGACGUUGAAAGCGUUAAAGCAUCAUUUCAAAACUACCUGGAAUUAAAAAAAGAUUUAGCUAAGUACCAAGCAUUGACUGAAAGCGUGUUGCAGGAUGGUGAAAAUCUUCUUAAAUGCAUGUCAACAAAUUCACCAGUUUUACAGGAAACACUUGGCUUGAUUGCAAAACAUUCGGAGAUGCUUAAAAGCCAUCCUGAACGAUUGUAUGAAUCUAUUUUAACAGCCAUGUGUACUCUUGAUGAUGGCUUGAAGAAGCAUUGUGAUGUCCAAAAAACUGCGGUCCACAAAGAUAUAUCUGAAUAAAACCUCUGUUGAUGUGGAAGAAUGAACUAACUACAUUUAUAAAUAGUAUGAAGGAGGCUCCCUAUUCCAAGAAACAAGAACUUUUUCUUCAAAGUUUUGAAGGGCUGCAGUGACAUCAAGCUUGGUUUCCAAGUUUAGAAGGUACAACGGGCUUUAUAUCUGGCAACAAAGUAUUAAAAGAACAGUGUGAAAGGGAAACUUCUGAUGUUGGAAUGACAGAAGGUUUAAUGAUGCAUUUCUAAUGUGGAUAUCUAUUUGCCAGGGCUCUGCGUGCUUCACAAAUUAUUCAGAAGUGCUUAUGUGAGAUACACAUUCCACUUGAGCCUCAAAAAAAAAGUUACAGUUGAUUUGAAAGUCAGAUGAUUAAUGGACUUCUUAAAGCAGCAACCCUUCAUUUUCAGGUUUGUGUUGCUGCCUGAAACAAAAUAGAGGCUGUUGUAUAAAACAGCCAAAAUACUUUUUUAUGGGAGAUCCAAAGUGCUUCCAAAUACUAAUAAAAAAAUGUAUAGCCCUAUUAUUUGUUUUGUAUUUUUUUGAGUGAAUAAUUGUAAGUCUUCAGUUUAUCUCAUGUGACAAAUUAUAUGGAAGCUACAUUUCAAAUAAAGCAAUUUUAUUAUUUUAAAACAUGCACUGGAGGUAAGUGAUUUCAGUAUUAGUUAAAUAAUCGACCAUUAAAGCUGCAAUUACAUGACUAGCAGGAUUAUUUGUGCAACAAUUAUUUGUGCAGGAUUCAUGCUAAAGUAAUUAUAAUUUUUUUCAAGGCGUUAGGCACUGUUCACCUUUACUUAUCAACCACUAGAUUGUAAUAGAACGUUUCUGUGCAAAUUGAUAAAGUAGUUAAAGUUAAAGUUGUUCUUAGUUGUUAGUUCAUGGAUGAAGGUUGGUUCUAUGUUUUCAUUAUAGAAUACAAGAGACUCCGCUUGUAACAGAAAAUCUCAGUUCAAUAUUGUAGCAUGAGUAGAUUUGCAUAUACCUUUUUUUGCUGCCUCCAUAAACCUUGUAGUUAAUGAUGCUAGCUCAUAAUUUCCCAUAAUCCUGAAUCCAUAUUAGAGUUUAAAAAAGAAUUGUGUGUGCUCAGAGAUACAACUCUUCGUAUUCUUUACAAUUGGCUAAUAAUAAGAAUGCUUACCAUAUUUAUAAUUAAAACCCAACUUUUGAAACGGAAAUUUCCAAGCCAAAUCAAGAGCAGUUGAUAGACUAAAGAUAAUGUCUCCUUCCUAAACUGUUCAACUUUCCUUUCCACAGGAAACAAGAAAUUAACUUUUUUAAAGGGGUAGGUGAAAAAAAUAUGUAUUAAAUUUGUUUGCCACCCAUCUCACCACAAAGUGACUACAUAGUAUCAAAUCUCUUAGUAUUAUUCAUAUAGGUAAACCUGAGCAAAAUUACUACUAAAUUAAUCAAGUAGCCUGCAUACAUACUGAUUCAUAUUUUAGCCUAGCAUGAUGUGCAAAUAGCCUAUAAGAUACUUUUGCAUGCUGCUAAGUGUUAAGAGCUGCACUUUUGGCGUUGCUAUGAAGUAGUAUCUGCAUGACAUAGAUGCUGCAGCAUAAAUGGGCUUUCCCACAAAAUUUAUUUUGAAUUAAUUCAUUUUAGGAAACUGCUAGUGACUGAUAUAAUCUAAGGCACUAAGUUACUGUUCUGGUGGCAUUUCAACAUGUAGGACUGUUCAAAAGCUGAGAUAGAUUUCAUGUAGAGUUUAGAUUGAAUUUUUACAGUUCUGUGGUAGUGAUGACCAAGGCAAGUGAGACAGAAAAACAUAGGGUUAGGAAAACACAUUUCACAUGGAUUUUAGACAUUUUAAAAAUAUACUUGUAUGUCUGCGUUUGAAUUUAUAUUUGUUUCCAUCUUCUAAAUAGCUGUAAUAGUUGGAAGGAGACUCUAGAAGACCAAAACAAUGGAAUUUAGGUGUGGCCUCAUAGUUUGCUCACAUUAGGGCCACGAGGUCAUGAAAACUUACUCCACAAAACAUGAAAACCUAGAACUUAAAUAUUUUCAGACAUUUACAAAUCAGAUUUACUCUUUCCCAAAUCUUUUGCCUUUUGUAGACUGCUUCCCAGAUUUAAAAACAACUAGAACUGACACAUAAAUUGGGGAAAAAAGUAUAGUCACUUUGUUCAUAAUGUUAACAAGUUACUGUUUUAAAAGAAGCAUGGAUAUAGUCUAGCAAACAAAAGUAUUGAAAUAUAUAUUCAUUAGUAU